AGCAGCAGCCCGGGCUCUGCCGGUGACAGUACCAAACACACUCCGCCCGGGCAGCAGCGGCGGAUCUCCGGAGCUGUCGAGGACUGCACGGCUCUGUUUGUGUGGAAAGGAGCAGAAACUACAGACACAAGUACAGAUAAAGAAGAGUAGAGAUCUUGUCUUCCUCUGGCUGGUUGUUGUUUUCAGAAAAGUUGUACGCGCACAGAAAAGGCGACCGGAUACACGCAUUUACUGCUGGAGGAAAUAUUGCUGCACGGGGCUGCGCGUAAAGAACAUCUUGCUUGAGGAGUGCAGGAGGAGAGGCUCAGAAGAGGAGCGAGGUCCUGGGAUGAGAGCUCUCUGCCAUUUCCCUGUCUCCCCCAGACCUCCAGGAGGAGUACGCUGGGCAACACUCUGAGAGUGUGUGGUGUGUCUGACGCUGUCGGGGUGCCAUGGCUCUGGUUCAGGCACUACCUGUGACUGUGACUGACCACCCUAAUCAAGGUCUCGACGUCCAGCCGUGCCGGCCGCUGUCAUCUCACUCCCCCUCUGGCCCCUGCCCUGGCCCCUGUGGGCCCUGCAGUUCUGGGACAGCCAUGGGUUCUGUCAGCAGCCUCAUCUCAGGCCGGACGUAUCAAGAGAGACACUGCCGGGCCGCCAGCGAAUUCACCACCAAAUCACGCCGCUCCACGCCAGCUACAAGCUGCUUUCGGCUCCAGGAUAACACCCUCCGCAGUGGGAGCUCUCUGGAACAGCUGCUGGUUAUCAGCAACCAAAUGCUUCCCCAGGCCCAGGUUCUGCCUCCACCGCUGCCCACCAAGAAGCAGCCACGGCCUGGGAACUCUGCUGGGAACUCUGCUGGGAACUCUGCUGGGAACUCUGCUGGGAACUCUGCUGGGAACUCUGCCGGGGCAGGCAGUGGAACGGUUGCCGGAGCAGCAGGUGGUGGCUGUAAUGGGAACUCUGGUUAUGUGAGCGAUGAGGUGGUGGUUGGAGACUGGAAUGACAACCUGGUGGUGGCAGCUGCAAGCCCCUGCAGUGACUCGGAGGACCAAAGGGACAACAGGGCUCUGAACGGCAACAUUGGGGGGCCACCUCCCAAACUCGUCCCAGUGUCCGGACAGUUAGAAAAGAACAUGGAGAAAGUGCUGAUCCGUCCAACGGCGUUCAAACCUGUCGUUCCCAAGAAUCGUCACUCUGUGCAGUACUUGUCACCACGGCCAGGGGGCAGCAGUCUGUCGGAGAGCCAGGCCAGCCUCAACCUCCUGCUGCCCCUCGGGGGGCCCAGCAGCGCCAGCGGCACAAACGGCGUCGGAGGGAGCAGCAGUUCCAGCUCUGAAGGGAAGCGCAACUCCUACAGCGGAGGUCGCAAUGCUCGCAGCAGCCAGUCCUGCUCCAUGUCAGAUUCAGGGAGGAACUCCCUCUCCAGCCUCCCCACUCACAGCAGCACAGGCUACAGUCUGGCCCCCAGUGAGGGCUCCAGCUCCGGGUCUGGCUCCGGGGGCCAGCUGGAGCCCAGCCAAGGCCUGGGCCGAAACACUUCCGGUGGAAGUGCGAGCCAUGGCCACACUAACUCAGACAGUGGACGUUCCUCAUCCAGCAAGAGCACAGGCUCGGGGUCGCUAAGUGGGCGCGGGCAGCCCCUGUCGGACAGCGGGUCCUGUGGCCACUCGCCGCCAGCUGUGGAGGGCUAUGAGGCGGUGGUAAGGGAGCUGGAGGAGAAGCUGCGGGAACGAGACCAGGAGCUCCAGCAGCUCCGGGAAAAUCUGGAUGAGAAUGAAGCUGCAAUCUGCCAGGUGUAUGAGGAGAAGCAGCGUCGCUGUGAAAGAGAGAUGGAGGAGCUGAGACAAAACUGUGCAACGAAGAUGAAGCAGGCUUCUCAGAAGGCCCAGAGGUCUCAGCAGGUGUUGCAGUUACAGGUAUUUCAGCUACAGCAAGAGAAAAAGAAGCUGCAGGAGGACUUCUCCACUCUGCUGCAGGACAGAGAGACGCUGGAGAGGAGAUGUGCCACCAUCCAGAGAGAGCAGACCCAGCUGGGGCCACGCCUGGAGGAGACAAAGUGGGAGGUGUGUCAGAAGUCAGGAGAGAUCUCCCUCCUAAAACAGCAGCUGAAGGAGAUCCAGGCGGAGCUCAGCCAGAAGGCCGGAGACAUCGUGGUACUGAAGGCCCAGCUGAGAGAAGCGCGUUCUGAACUGCAAGCCAGCCAGGCUCGAUCCCAGGAGGCCGGGGCCGCCCUGCGGACGCGAUCUCUGGAGCUCGAAGUCUGCGAAAACGAACUCCAGAGGCGCAAGAGUGAAGCUGAGCUGCUGCGGGAGAAAGUGGGCCGUUUGGAAGAGGAGUCAUCCCGCCUUCGUGAAACUCUGUCAAAUCACAGCGGACACUCUCUGCCUGGGACUCUAACGAUGAAGGGGCAAUGCAUGACCCUCUCCAUCCAGCAGAGUAGAGGCAUGACAGGGAGGGGCGGUCCCAGUCCGUCUGUGUACCGGGAUGCAGAGGAGAGUCAUCUGGUGUGGGGAGGGGAGAGUGAUGAAGCCAAGGCUCAGAGGCAGAAUGCUGAAGCAGUUUUGGGACUCAGACAACAGGUGGACAGGCUGAAGGCUGAGCUCAUGUAUGAGAGGAGGACUAGUGAGGAGCAACUGUCACGAUUUGAGGAUGAGAGGAGGGUGUGGCAAGAGGAGAAGGAAAAGGUAAUCCGCUACCAGAAACAGCUGCAGCAGAACUACAUCCAGAUGUACCGUCGUAACAGGGAUCUUGAGCGAGUGAUGAGGGAGCUGAGUCUGGAGCUGGAGAACAGGGACAUGGAGGACUAUGAUGUUCACAGUGGCAGCAACGACAUCCACUUUGAGGAAAUCACCGCUACUGAGAUUUAAAAACACAUUUUUACAGUAACAAGUGCACAGAAACAUGGAAACACAACCCACACAAGACUCUGAGGAUGUAUACCAAACUUUGAACUCCGGGCCAAAUACUGCACUACCUUCAAUACGGCUUUACCUGGACCACUGAGCGAGCACUCACCACUCGUCACUGUCAAAAGGGAGAUCUCCCAAAGGUGCAUCCCUACUUCCUGCUAAUAGACAAGUACUCCAAUAAAAGUGUCCCCUCUGGCGCUUUUAAUGGGUUUUAUUCCACUACAAAGCCAGCACAAAGACUUCUUUCCUUCUGUGGGAGAAAAAGCAGCGAAGAAAGUUUUUCUUUCUUAGACCACGUUCAAAUCAGGGUAUCGUAAAUCGUCGGGAAUUUCAAGCAAAAAAUGUUACAACAGGCACAGCAGUCUGGUUUAAGUGCAGCCACACCUUUCCCGGUAGCACACAAAGUUGAACCCCCGGCCACCAGCAUGCAUGUAAUGAUGCAUCAUGACGUCAGCCCCAUUAAUGAUGAUCUCAUCGCCUGUCCAAACAACAGCUGCACCAGUUCUCCAAUUCACCGCUGAAGGGAAAUUACACCACAUAUUACAACAUCUCCUGUUUGUUUUAUGGUGUUCAGAGGAUCAGCAGUUCAUUUCGUUUUUCAAAUGAUAAAAGGAUAAGAAUAUUUUGUUUCUGUGCUCCUAAGCAGAUUUGAAGAAGAAUGUAUUGUGACUGUUAUCACUCCAGAGAAAUGCAGUAUAAAUGGUCAUCGCCGGCAAUGAAAGAAUCUGCUCAACAAGGGAAACAUCCUUGCACAACCUUUCUGCGCUUUUUUGUUCAUGAUACAACCAUCGUUCUUGUAGAGAAAAUCACCAAAUUUCAACAAACCAGUUUGAACAAUCUAAUCAGUCACUUUCCCAAACAACCACAAAGGACACAGAAACCAAACGUUCAAAGGACGCUGCUCACAGUCAUCCUGUUGCAUAUGACCAAUGCAUCAACUCAUUCAGACAAUGCAACAAGCACGGACAAAAACAUUUACAUUUCACAAUUAUGUAGCACUAGGAAGCAGACUGUAGCACGUGAGAUAUCACCAGGAUGCUGCUGAUUCUCCUCUCUCUCUUUCUAUUUCUGCCUUUGUCUCUAUGUCUGCUCUCUCUCUCUUCCAUCUCUGCUUGUUACCCAACUAUUUUUAUAACAGUCAGGAAACUAAAAAUGGAGCAUAUUCUUUCAGUUUGCUCGUGACGUCACUAAGAGAUUUAAGGCAUGCUUAUUCAGAGUUUCCGUUUAUUCUCCCUCAUUCCCAUUAGUGCUCUUUAUUUAGCUUUUUGGCAGCCCAUUGCCAAGUAACACCUUUAAAGUCUUCCCAGUCUCCCCUAGACUAUAAUCUUCACUGACUGCUAUACAGGUAGCAAGACUGGCAUGUCUGCAUGUCUUUGUUAUAUCAGAUUUCAGAAGGAGCCGGUUCAGGUGGCAGUGAGGUGAGAAUUUGCAGAUGCAGUAGCUCCAGCGCUGAAUGUCCUCGAAGCGGGUCAGCUGAAUAUAAGCUGGCGAGGAGCAUGUUCUCAUUUGAAGCUGUUUUCUCACAGUAUAUGCAGGGCUGUGUGUAACACUGAGCGUGGCGGGUCUCGAUGGAAAAAGUAAUGAGCUGAGAACUUUUAUUUUACAAAGAGUCUAUAUCAAGGAAUAAAUGGAAAUCUAUAUAAUGGAGGAGAUGUUGUAUAUUUUUUUAUAUAUAGCACCUGAAGAUAUUUUGUUGUAGUACUGAUAUAAGUGUGGAUUUAAUAUACAAAGUAUAAAGACUUCUAUAUAUAGAUAUAUAUAAAUAUCACAUACCAGUAUUUCAAAUGAUGGAUCAGUUAUAAAUGGAGGAGGCAGGAUAGAGAGAGUGCACCUAAUACUGUAAUGCAUGAGAAUAUGUUUACAUUAUAUAAUCUGUGUAACACAAACUUAAUGACCAAACUUUGCAGCUGAUAAACACAGUUGGGAGCUUUUGGUUUGGGCUCAGUUUUGACUUGUUGUCUCUCCAUUUUGAUUGAUCUUUCAUUUGAUCGUCAGUAUCAUAGUAUCACGCCGGUUCAUGUCUUCAUUAUUGGGUUUUGUGCACGUUGUUAGUUUUAAAAGCAUGAGAUGGGUCAUUUUUUUGUUUACUUGAGGUUGGAGAUGAUGCAAACCAAUGUUAUGUUUCCUAUUCUUGGAAAUUAAAUUGAACCCGUUUCAGAAAAUUUGAUCAGUAUAUUUGAUCAGUCUGUAGUUUGCAUGAGAUCACCACAUUCACUGUGGUUUGAGAGACUUUGUGGAAUAGUAAGAGUCUACAUAAUUUGUGAACAUAAAGCCAUGGGAGGUUAUUUUGAAUGGAACAAGUUGUCCAAUCAUAUUUAAUUUACGAACCUGACCUAGACUGUUACUCACUUACAACAGAUGCAGCACAGGUACAAAUCAACAACAAAAAAAGGUGAUGCAAAGUACUGUGUGCAUCCCAAAAUGUCCAUUUUAUCCUCACAUCUCAGUUGUCUUCAUUGUCACAUAACCAUUUUCUGUGUAAAUAUGUAAAACACUAAAUAGUAUGACAGAGUGACAUUGUCUUUUAUUUAGACAAAAUAUCUAUUUUAAAUGUAGCCACUGUGACUAGACCAAAGCAACGUAACACAUUUUCUUUCUUUUUUUGUGGCAUUCUUCUCAUCCUUUUUGUGUGCAUUUUUUAUGUUUACUUAAGUUGUGUCCUCAGUAAUUCAUAAAGUAUGUAGUUGUCCAUGUAUAUUUUUAUGUGUACAUUUCUUGUACAAAUGACUGUGUUUUUAAUUAAAGA